AUGGAAGGCUACGACAGGAUGCUGCCUACCACCGACGCCUCACCAACUGGUCCACUAUCACUACCACCACCAUCAGGAUCAGGACCACUAGCAUCAUCAUCAUCAACCGACAAUAACUCCAACCAAGGAUGGAGACAGAGCGAGUUCUCUCGUCGAGAAUCCGCGGCUACGUUUGAGUCUACGUCGACGAUGGUCGAGUCUAACGUCUCUGGGUCCUCGAAGAAGGAGGGGGAAGAGCAACUGUUCAUGAGCGAUGAUGGAUCCUCGGGAAGGGAGGAGAAGCUGCGACAGAUGGGAGGUGAAGAAUCGUUGGAGGUUGGUGGAGGGAGUAGUGAUGGGGACGGGAGGACGGUGUCGAGUAUGACGGAUGAACGUGUUGGUGGCGUGAGUACCUUCAAGACCAUUGCUGGGCUCGUGUAA